UUUUAAUUUGGCGCGUUAUUACAUGUGCACGUGUUUCCGUUAACUAACUUGCCAAAAGUGCGCGAUUUAUAUCUAUAAAAAAAUAAAUGCAUAUGUAUUUAAAAUUUAGUCUUGUGAAUAAUUAAAAUUCUUCGUAAAAUUUUACUAUUUAAUAUAAAGUAUUGUGCAUUAAUAAAAAAAAUUAAAAUCAAUUCAUUAAGAAGUAUAAGACAAUUGAAAAUGAAAAUGUAUGAAAAUGAAGUAAGAAUAAAACAUGGUGAAAUCAUUUGCUCAUCAUCAGAAUUAGAUUUAGGUGUUACUUUGAAAGGCGGUCAAAGUUUUAGAUGGUUUUGUCAUAAUAAUGGAUAUCGAGGAAUAUUUGAUGGAUGUGUUUGGACUCUUACACAAAAUGAUACACAUUUAUCCUACAUUGUGCAAGGUCCAUUAAUAGAUUCUAAAAAUUAUGAUGGGAUUUUAUCUGAAUAUUUCAGAUUGAAUGAAUGUUUAACAGAUCUGUGCAAAAGAUGGACUACAAUAGAUCAACAUUUUAAAAAAUCCUUAAAUAAAAUAAAUGGUGUUAGAAUAUUAAAUCAAAAUGUUGUUGAAAAUGUUUUUUCUUUUAUAUGUAGUUCAAAUAAUAACAUUCAAAGAAUAUCAAAAAUGGUAGAAAAAUUAUGUACAUUGUUUGGUGAAAAAAUUUGUUCAAUUGAGGGCAAAAAUUAUUAUAAUUUUCCAUCUAUUGAGGCAUUAGCAAAUAAAAAUGUUGAAAAUAUAUUAAAAAUGGAAAAAUUUGGAUAUCGUGCAAAAUACAUAGCAAAUGCAGCAAAAUGUUUAAUUGAACUUGGUGGAAAAGAAUGGUUAUUAAAUUUACACAAAAAAAAUAAUGUAUCAUAUAUUCAAGCUAGAAAACAAUUAAUUACUCUUCCUGGGAUUGGUCCAAAAGUUGCAGAUUGUAUAUGUUUGAUGUCAUUAGGCCAUUUAGAGUCUAUUCCUGUAGAUACCCAUAUUUUUCAAAUAGCUAAAACAAAUUAUUUACCUCAUUUAAAACAAUAUAAAACUGUUACUCCAAAAAUUCAUGAGGAAGUUAGUAAUUAUUUACGUGAAUUAUGGGGUCCUUUAGCUGGUUGGGCUCAAGCUCUUGUUUUUUGUGCAAAAAUUAAUGACAUUGUUACUACUACCACAUCAAAUUAUAAAUAUAAAAAUAGUACAAAUAAUAAAUCAUUUCAUCAUUCGAAUUUAAAAAAUUUUAAAAAAUAAUAUAUAUUUAUACAACAACAGAUUUUUAUUUAAAUUAAUAUUUUUUACUUAAUAAUCUUUCUUAAUUUUUAUAUUAUAUAUUUAGAAAAAUGUACAAAAUCAUGUAAAAACUUUAAUUCUAAUUUUCCUUUCAUUCAAAUAUUUACAAUACUAUUGUCUAAUAAUUAUAAGAUUU